GGCGCUUUCCGCCGGAGCGGGGCCAACCCCGCAGCCCGGCCGCGCCCGCACCGCCAUGCACUGAGGGCCCCGGGCCCGGCUCGGCCCUUCCGAGCGGCCCCCCCCGCAGGUAACGGAGCUGCGCGGCGGGGGGGGACGCGGGGCCGCCGCGACCGGAGGGGCUGCGCCGGUACCGGGACGGAGGGGCGGGGCCGAGCGGGAAGGGGCCGAGCGCGGGCCGAACCCCCCCGGGACGCAGCGGGGUCGGGUCGGGGGGGUCCGCGCCGCACCCCACGGCCGAGGGAGCCCCACGACGGGGGGGGCAGGAGGGGUAGAGGGCGCCGGCGGGGGCCGAGUCCGGGCGUGCGGGAAGGGGGAAGUGGGCGCCGCAGCCCCGUUCCGGUCCGUCCCGUCGGUGCGGAGCGGCAGCGUCGGUGCGGGAGCUCCGCUUCUGGGGGGGGGAUGCCGUGAGCGGGAGGGGCCGCGGGUGGGAGAGGGGCUCCUCCGGAGGGCGGAGGGGGGGGGAGUGGGCACACAGCCCGAGCGCUGCGGGGGAACGGAGGCAGCGGGAGCGGCGCGGGGAGCGCUGCGCGUUGGACGCGGCCCCGCAGCUGCCGGGGUCCGUCGGGCUCCCGCAGCCCGCGGUGCGGUCCCGGUGCAGGUGGACGCGGUGCGGGCGCUGACGGCUGCUCGGGCCCAAAGUCCGCGGCUCCGCGCUGCCGACGGAGCGUACGGACGGAGCGCGGCUCCGCGUCACGGCCCGAUGGGAGCGCAGAGACGCGCGGCCCCGAGCGCCUGCAGCGCCUCCGGGACCUCCCGGCGGUCCCGGGGCGGGGGCCGAAGCCGCGGGCCGGGCUGCGUUCGCGCACCGGAACCGGGGAAAGCCGUCCCGCUGCUCUUUUCACCCCGCACCGGGGGGCGGAAUCGCUGCUCGGGGCGGACGGCUGCGCUCUGCGGGUCCCUCCCCGCUGCGUCCCCCCGCAGUCCCGCAACCUCGGGCCGCAGCGCGGGGGGGAAGCGGGCAGUGCCGCCGAGCGGUGACGGCACGGGACGGAUUCCGCCUCUCGCCUUCGGGGUUUCCCCGGGCGGCGGCGCUCAGCCCUGCCCGGAUCCCCGCGCCGCGCAGCCCCCGCGCCCCGACCCACGCGUCCCAUCCCGGCCGCGCGGUGCUGCGGGCGCUGCGUCCCCACGCGGGGCCGCGGACGCUUUGCGGGGCCGUCCCCGCGGCCUCCUCAGCCGCCGCUCCGCUUCCUCUCCCGUUGGCCGAGCGAACACCACGUGGCCGUCGGUGCCGCAGCGCUGCAGGAAGCGCGGGGACACCGCGGCUCCGGGAUGGCCGCGGUGCGGGAGGAGGAAAACGCGGAGCGAUGGGAACUGCGGCGGGGACGGGCAGGAAGAGCAGCACGGCUGCGCCGGAGGAGCCGCGGGGCCGGAGCCAGCGGGGCCGGGCCUGGCUUCGAGAUGCCCGGGGCAGGAGGAGGAGCGCAGCAUCGCCGCGGAUCGGAGCGGAUCCGGGCAUGCCCCGCUGGCGUCCCGGCAGCAGCAGCUGCCUCACUGCGCUCAGCAGAAAGACGGGUUCCGAUGGGGAGGUGACGCUUCCCACCAUGUCCCUCUGGAGCAUCGUCUCCCAGAUGGCGCCGGAGGAGUUCGGCGGAAUCUUCGCAGAGUUUCCCCGCAGUCUGCGCUGCGUCCUGGGCGAGUGGCUGGAGAACCAGCCCUGGGAGUUCAUCCACGGCCCCGACGCCUUCUGCUCCAGCGUGGCGCAGGGGCUGCUCUCAGCGAUGCUGGAGAGGCUGCGCAGCGCCGGCGGCGACGGGCAGCAGUGCCACAUCCUGCAGCAAAUCAGCAGCGUUGAGGGCGCAUAUCGGCACGACCCGAUGCGGUUGGUGGCCGUCCUGAGGGCCAUCCUGGAAGGCGAGAAGGCCGCCGUGCUGCGGAGGGACCGCCACCUGCCCCUCAGCUUCCACCGGCGCCAGGAGGAGCUCAAAUUCAGUCUGGGACUGCGGCGGCUGCAGCACCGCGUGCGGGAGGUGCAGGCAAUGCGGGAGCGCGGGGCAGCACCGGGGGACGGCCCUGCAGCCUCGAACGCGCGGGACCCACAGCUGAAAUCGGAAGGGAAAGCACCGGAGAGCGAGCUGCCCGCGCUCCUCCUGGAGGCCACCAAGGAGCUGGAGGCGGCCAGGCAGCAGGUCCUGAAGCGCAUCCAGAUCUGGAAGCGGCAGCAGCAGCUGGCGGGGAACGGCGCGCUCUUCGAGGAGAACCUCACCCCGCUGCAGAAACGGUGUGAGGGUUUGGUGGAGGUUCACUUCCAGCUGCACCAACAGGUGAUGGCGGCGGGCGCAGAGCUGGGGGCAGAGCUGCUGUCCCAACUGCUGGAGAGGCUCAACGAGGUCCUGUCCAGCCUGGUCCGGAGCUCCUUCCUGGUGGAGAAGCAGCCCCCCCAGGUGCUGAAGACGCAGACCAAGUUCCAGGCGAGCGUCCGCUUCCUGCUGGGCCCGCAGCUGCUGCAGGCGUCCCCCAAACCCUGCAUGGUGCGUGCCGAUAUGGUGACGGAGAAGCAGGCGCGGGAGCUGGCACACAGUGCUUACAGCAGCACCCUGAGUGAGAGCACCGGGGAGAUCGUGCACAACGUGGUGGCUUUGGAGACCAACCCGGGCAGCGGGACCUGCAGCGCCAACUUCAAGAACGUGAUGCUGAAGAAGAUAAAGCGCUGCGAGAGGAAGGGCUCCGAAUCGGUGACGGAGGAGAAAUGCGCCGUUCUGUUCAGCUGUACCGUGGGGCUGAGCCCUGCUGGGACCACCAUGCGGCUGCAGGUCCUGUCCCUCCCCAUCGUGGUCAUCGUGCACGGAAAUCAGGACAACAACGCCAAAGCGACGGUGCUGUGGGAUAACGCCUUCUCUGAGAUCGAGAGGGUGCCCUUCGUGGUGGCCGAGCGCGUCCCCUGGGAGAAGAUGUGCGAUACUCUGAACCUGAAGUUCAUGGCGGAGGUGCAGACCACCAAAGGGCUCCUGAAGGAGCAUUACUUCUUCCUGGCCCAGAAGAUCUUCAAUGACCACAGCGCCACUCCGGAGGACUUCCAGAGCCGCAGCGUCUCCUGGGCGCAGUUCAAUAAGGAGAUCCUGCCUGGACGGGGCUUCACCUUCUGGCAGUGGUUCGAUGGAGUCCUGGACCUCACCAAGCGGUGCCUCAAGAGCUACUGGUCGGAUCGGCUGAUCAUUGGCUUCAUCAGCAAGCAAUACGUGUGCAAGCUGCUGAGCACGGAGCCCGACGGAACCUUCCUGCUGCGCUUCAGCGAUUCCGAGAUCGGGGGGGUCACCAUCGCUCACGUCAUCCGCGGGAAGGACGGUUCCAGCCAAGUGGAGAACAUUCAGCCCUUCUCCGCGAAGGACCUCUCCAUCCGCUCCCUGGGGGACCGCAUCCGCGACCUGAGGCAGCUGCGCAACCUCUACCCCAACACCCCCAAGGAUCAGGCGUUCGGAUGCCACUACAACAAGGAGCAGACAGGGAAGGACGGACGGGGCUACGUCUCCACCGCCAUCAAAAUGACAGUGGAAAGCGAAAGGGACCAAACGCCCCACAGCACUGCAGGGGGGGGUCCCGAGGCUGCCCAGCCCCCCCUGUUCGCCCUCCCCGUGCUACAGCCUGAGCUGCAGCCCGAGAACCUGCUGAACCCCAUCUGCCCCCCCGCCCCGUUCUGCCCCCAGCCCAUGGGCAGUUACCCCCCGGGUGAGAGCAGCAUCAGCACAGUGGUCACAGAGGGCCUCCGCUCCUCCUACCCCAGCCCAGGGCCGAUGCUCUCCUCACCCCCUCUGGUGAUGGACCCCUCUGUGUCCCGCUGCCAGGACCCCUUCCAGAACCCCAUGAGCUUUCUACCCAACCAGUUUCUGCCCGGGGAGGGCCCCCGCCAGCUGAUCCCCGGGGGUCCCUCCCCCGAACCCCGAGAUGAGGAGAUGCCGGAGCUCGGCCCCUUCGAAGCCAUCAGCACAGCACUGCAGAGCUCCCCGAGGUGGCUGCCGCCCAGCACAGAGCUGCCCCCUGGCUCUGAGUUCGAUCAGUUCCUGCAGGAGAUGUCUCUGGAGGACCCCACAUUGUGCCCCCCCUUCGCGCCCCCCCCUCAACGCAGCGCAUACCCCAACCCCACUGCAUCCUACUGGGGGUUGGGGGAGUCCCGCUGGGAUGACAGCGUCCGCCCGGGGCACGUGUGAGGGGUGGGAUUGGGGGGGGGCAUCGCGCUGUGCCCCCCCCACACCGCCCCAUUGAGUUGCAUGGACUUGGCACAAAUUGCGCAGGGGAGGGGGGGGGGGCUGAGCGGAGGGGGAGGGGUCACAGCAUUUGGAUACCACUCUGCCCCCCCCC